ACAAACCUUUGUGAUUGGCCACGUGUGUCUCACGGGUUGUUCUGUCUGACACCACCAUCAGUAGUGACUCGCCCGAGGUGAAGGGAGGGCGUGCGAGUUCAUAGUUCAUAACGUUAGUCUGGCUGGUUAUUGGGGAGACAGGGAGUGCUGGAGCACCGGAGACUGUUAUCGUCUUCCCGUGACGUUGGGGCUUUGGGAAUUGCCGACACAGUAACCAACACCAGGAGGACAAGAUGGCUGGAAUCCUGAAGGGGAUUCGUGCUGCCUUUGGUGAUGUAGAAAUGGCACCAUAUACUGUCAUGGCUGAGAGAGAUGCAAGUUUAUGAAGAGCGCAUAUAUCCAGCCAGGAAGUGGGCGUGUAUUACAAUGGCAGGCUUGAGUCAGCAAGAACUAGUCAGUCCUAUGUUUCGUGCCCUCUUCAAUUAUAUCGCUGGCAAGAAUGAUCCUAACAUCAGAAUGGACAUGACCUCUCCUGUGACAACUUAUGUAGUGCCAGGAGCUGGACCAGCAUGCGAGUCCACUUUCACUAUGGGAUUCUUAGUGCCUGAGGAACAUCAACAGAUUCCACCACCUGCAGCUGACAAGACUAUCUUCAUUGAGGAACGUCCAGAAUUAACAGUUCUUACAAGGCGUUUUGGAGGAUAUACCAAUGAUGAGGUUAUAAUAAAAGAAGCUAAAGAACUUGCAGAGGCAAUAAAGAAAAAUGGAGAAAUUGGAGUGAACUUCAAUCAGUACUACGUUGCAGGAUAUGAUCCACCCUUUAAGUUAUUUGGAAGGCGCAAUGAAAUCUGGUUUGUUAAAACGAAGAGUACUGACAAUCAAGAAGGAAAAGAAUUGACUGCAAAUGAAGAUGAGAGCAAGAUGAAGGAAGCAAAUGGAUCUAUUGUCAAAGAUUCUGAAGAUAUUAAGAAAGGUGAUCAAAAGGAUGAGUGAAGUUGAUAAAUAGCAACGGAUGGGGUACAACAGGAAAUAAAAGGCUUGAAUAUACAAGUAGGUUUAUAUGAUUACUCCUGAAAAGUUAUAUUUACUAGUGGAAGUAAUGACUGUGAUUAUAUUGCAGGUGUAAAAAAAUCACUGUAAUGUUAGGUAUGUUCUAGUGGCCUUAUAGGUUAUGUCAAAAGGAUAUAAUUGGCUUUAGAAGUUUUAUAGUAUGUACAGAGUUGACAGCUUUAAAUUCUAUAGUAAAAUGUUUAAUGUACAUUUUUCUGCCUUUGAUUGGCAUGGAUUAUAGGUGCAGAAAAGUUUUGCUACAGCAAAAUGAAUAUUCUCACCCAUAUUUUCUGUGGAUUACAUGUGAUUGCUAAACCAGCAUGCAAGAUUAAAAACUGGAAAAUUCUAUCUAGUAUUUAAGCAUAGAUAGGGUCAUUACUUGCAGUAUUGGGAAAGUUUACUCAGAACAACCCUGUAAAUCAUUCGGGGGGGUAGGAAACCAAAUGAAAAUAUAAAAGCUUGGAUUAUAAACUCAGCUUUAACAUUUAACUUUUUGCAGUCAAACUAUCCCAUAUCUCCAUUUUGCAAGCUUAAUUAGCCAAACCCCCCCCCCACCUUCUCACUAUUAUUUUUUUCACUUCACAGAGUUGUUUUCCUCAUGCAAUUUUAGUGCUUACAAGGUUAAGGAUCUGUGGUUGUAAUUUGUAAUUAUUUUGAUCACGGUAUUUUAGAUGGUUCCAUUUAUGUGUAAUUUAAUUUUUUGAAUGGGCCAUGUUCUCGCAUGCAAAUUAAAAAAAAUCCAAAUAUAGGAAGGUCUUUAACUUGCAAACCCCACAAGUUACACACUUAAAAGCCAAUUAAAAUGGUAUAUUAUUUGAGUUUAGGGCUAUAACUUGUGUGAACUUGCCAUAUUAUUACAGUAUGUUACCAUUGAGAAAUGGUACAAAUGUCUGAAAUAUUCUUUGUACUAUUGUUUUUCUAUACAAAAUUUGUUUGCAAGUGAGACACCGAGAAUAGAGUAAGUCACUUUGACUUUUUUGGGUUAUCGUAGGUAAUUUACACAUUUGUUACUAUGUACGAUAAUUGUACUUGUGUGUACCUGUGCCUAAAUGAACUUGCUUGUAAGUUUGGGGUUAUACUGUAGCUAUGCGAGAUGAUAGAAGUGCAUUGAACAUUCAUGUUGCUAGUGAUAAAAUGUUUUAGUACAUAAGACUUUUUCAAGCUUGAACAAUUUGCCUGUAACUUAAAAGAUCAUGUUAAGUUUUGCUAACUAUUUUCUCAGUAUUUACAAAAUUGAUCUUCCAAAUGAGAAUAUAAAUUGAUAAAAUCUAUUAUGCUAAGAGGAUUUAAUAGGAUUACUUUAAGAAAGAGAUCAAAAGAACACUGCACUACAUAUGAACAUCUAAUUUAGAGGAUACAAUUGAUUGUCUAGAUUUUAAAAUCUCUUGGUUCUUGUACUUGUCCCUAGAAUGGUGCACAUUUUGGAAAAAUAUAUAAUGUAGGGACCAAUUUUGUUAAUAUUAAGCAGGUGACCCAAGUAAUUUUAUUCGGGUUUCUUUCAACGAACCGGCCACAUCCCACCGAUGCAGGAUGACCGAAAAAGAAAACCAAGAGUUUUCCUUACAAAAUUUAGUAAUUUAUACAAGAGAAGGGUUACUAGCCCCUUGCACACUCUUAUUCAGUUAUCAUGCAUGAAUUAAAUCUAAAUUUUUUUAUAUAAAUGAAAACCUGAAUUCUCAAGAGUUCAUCACCAGUGAGUCUCUUAUGUCUAUUAAAUAUUCCUCUAUUUGGAAGCUGUUUAGAAUAGAUUUAGCUGUUGCACUAGUACGGUAUAAAACUUUACCCAUAUUUAUAGUUUUGUUAAUUUGCUGAACUGUUAACCACAAUUUUAAACAAUUUAUUGUAAAUGCUUAAUCUUGAUGGAUGUUCUUGUUGUAUUCAGUAUUGUUUUGUUGUGGGUACUGUUGUUGGGUGGACAGUAAUUUUUUCAUCCUUUCUCUUCUUUCUCAAAGAUACUGAUCAGCUUUUAUAUAUUUUUAAUUAAGAUAAAUUGUUAAAACACUUGUGAUUUUGAUUAGUUUAUAGUUUUUUUAAUUUUACUCGCCAAACUUCUUUGUUGUGUUGUUUAGAUCAAAGUAAACCAACUUAAUUUAUAAAUAUGCUAGCAGGAAAUGUAAAAUGUUAAAUUAUUAUUUUAGCAAAGUAGAUGCGAUAUUUUUUUACUUCACCCCUCUUAAAAGAAUCUCACGAACUUCAUUGUACACAACUUUUGUUAAAGCAUUCUCAUUGUUGCACUUCCAUAGAGGUAAGGUUAUUGCAUAUGUUAUUUUUUGUAAUAAACUAGUUGUACUGUAUAGUCUUGUAUGAAGCUCAAUAUUAAAUAAAUCUUAUUCUUCAA